AUGCUCCUAAAACAUACCCGCGCCACGUCCCCCGUCUUGCCGGCCACAACUUCCAGACUGGCGGAGCUGGAUACGUCAAUUGCGUGGCUCGAUCACUGGCUCGAAACAACCAACGGCCCCGCAUCCGAUGCUCCUCCCGGGCUCCGUGGCGUCGCGCAGCGGGACCGCGUCGACAUGAGCGACCUACACGCUGAGAAAGAAGAGGAGCGGGACCUACUGGAUGCCGAGCUGUUCGACUCCACGAGCGACCACGAUGGAUACGCCACCGAGUCCGACGUCGAGAGAAAUGGCCAGUCCAGUGACGAUGAGAGUGGCUACGACGGUGACGACGACAGCGACGACGCGCAUGGUCAACUUCUGCUCGUUCGCCGGCUUGUCUCGCCGCCGCUCGAGCACAGUGAAUAUCGUGUCGUGAGCCCUCCACCAAUAUUCCUGCAAAAUCGAGCUCUAGCUCGCUCAAGUCCUGGACAGCUGUCACGUGUCCCCGAAUACAGCGGCCAAGCACCCGGAGACGACGAUGUUCGACAAGCAGCUCGUACAGUGGUAUCUACCGCUCCACACCCUCGAUACAACGUACCUUCGGGACGCGCCGACCACGUCGUAGCCCUAUUCACCACAAGCGGCUAUCGGGACGCAUCCGAGAAGGAGAACCAAAGGGGAAAGAAAAGAGCGCUAGAGGUCGAGGAAGUCAAGGAAGAGGUCGACGAAAAGCCCCGGAAGAGGCACGCCGCGAACAAGGAGAAUGUUGCCGCCAGGCCCAGGAAGCACGACGACGAUGACCAUGACCUUGAGAGCUGCAGGCCUCAGCGCAGCGCAGUCCGCCCAUCCUUCUGCCACCCGUCUCGCUAUGUGAAGAACCGCGACCGACUUCGCACGGCAGGUGCUGCCAAUGCGCCGACUGCCGCACCUGCCACGCCUGUUGCUCUGCCUACCCCUAUUCCAGCCGCGCCCGUUGCUGCGCCGAUUCCCGCGACCGCCGCACCAGCCGCACAGCCGGCUCAAGGUGCCUUCAUCAUUAUACCUCCUCCUCCCGCCGCACCAGCUCCGCCGGCUCCUACCUACCUCCCAUCAAUCGUCCAGGUACUCGCUGAUCUCCCUAACCAGCCGUACAACAUCGUGUUGCCUCCUAUCGUCGCACACCAGCCUCCGGUCAUCGCGAACCAGCCGGCGACAAUGCAGAACCUCAGGAUGCAGCUGGGCUUCAUCAUCAUGUAG